AUGGGUCACAUGUACAAGUGUCAUAACAUACCGCUUGAUCUGUGUGUUAUGGCUGUACACGCGCCAACGUGCCAGAGUGUGUGGCGCGGGAAGUUCCGCUACUCAUAUUGGACCCCCAUGCCCAGUGUGUGGACAUUGCCAGAAAUCACCAAAGUUUAUGACGCUCAGGGAUUUCAAGAUGCUGUCCAUGCAUACAGUGGAGGCUUAGAUGGUCAGCUCAAGACCUUUGAUCUCAACACAAACACAGAGUCUGUGGUUGGCUCUCACGAUGCUCCAAUCAGGUGUGUGGAAUUUUGCCCAGAAGUAAAUGUUGUGAUCACAGGAGCUUGGGAUUCCAACAUCAAACUCUGGGAUCCUCGUGGACCGCGGGAAGCUGGGACUUUCCAGCAGCCAAAUAAGGUGUACACCAUGGGCCUCGGUGGAGAAAAGUUGGUAGUGGGGACAUCCAAUAGAAAAGUGAUGGUCUGGGAUCUGAGGAACAUGGGCUUUGCUCAGCAGCGCCGAGAAUCUUCUCUCAAAUACCAGACUCGCUGCAUUCAGUGCUUCCCCAACAAACAGGGCUAUGUCGUAUCCAGCAUUGAGGGUCGUGUGGCUGUCGAGUACCUUGACCCGAGCCCGGAAGUCCAGAAGAAGAAGUAUGCCUUCAAGUGCCACAGACUCAAAGAGGAUGGGAUUGAGAAAAUUUUCCCUGUUAAUGCCAUAAGUUUCCACAAUGGUUACAAUACCUUUGCAACAGGAGGUUCUGAUGGGUAUGUCAAUAUAUGGGACGGCUUCAACAAGAAGCGCCUCUGCCAGUUCCAUCGUUAUCCAACUUCCAUAUCCUCCCUAUGCUUCAGCAAUGAUGGUAACACACUAGCAAUUGCCUGCUCCUAUAUGUAUGAACAAGAGGAAAUUGACCCCAUGCCAGAGGACUGUAUCUUCAUCCGUCGCGUGACAGACCAGGAGACGAAGCCAAAAUAAGGAGCCAGAGCAGACAAGGAGCUUGCAUCUUUUCCAGUAAUCCCUCUGCCAUGAUGUAGAAAAGAGGGCUGUCCAUUACACGGGUCCAAUGUGUGUCGGUGGGCUCUGGGACGUUAACACUCAUAGUACCUCAAUUUUGUAUAUGGUGGUAUGUAUGUAUGCCAUUCUAUAUGAAGUGUUAGUGAAUUUUCAAAGUUAUGAUUAGACCACAUAUUUGACCAGCACUUGUUUAGUGUAGUCGGAUAAAAGGUGCUUCUUUCAUAUCUUUUAAUAGUUUUCUAUGUAUUUUAUCAGUAGCUUGGCAAUUCAGGCCUUAAUUACUUUUUAAGCAAAUGGGUAAAUAUGCUUAAUAACCUCGAAAUGUCUUUACCGUUGUUUUCAAAGUUCAUUUUUAAUUGGGGGGGGGGGGACUUGUGAAUCCUGUAUUCAUGUUCAUGCAGUUUCCAGGAAGGUCUGAAGAAGAAUACCAGUUAAUGUUUAGAGGAUACUGAAUGAAGUGGGCAGAAUUUUUAGUGAAUGCCUUUGUUGGUUUUAUCUAUCUCCAUGUGGACAGUUCCUGAAUGUUGAGAGGUACAGCCCAGUUUACAAAAGACUUUUGCAGUGUAGAUAAGUGAUUAUUGAAAUGUGUUUAUUCAUGUAUUUUUCAAUUUCAACAGUACAAAAGUGUCGGAGGUUAUUUCACAUAUUUACCACUGCUGCAUAUGCCAAAGUAUGCCUAGGGAGAAUAACAAUGUCAGCAAUAAUUACAUAGAAUGGUUCCAUCCUCCUUAGAACUCGAUAGCAUUUGGAAUAAGGCCCACCGACCUCUGCCUUCUCUUUCAUGCCUCUCUUUUUUUUCUUCUUCUUUUGCCUAAUUCUUUGUUUCCCCAUCAUUAUAUGAUAUGAACAGUGUAAGUGACAAUUCUUUAGCUAUCAAAGAAAAGAAAAGUGUAUUCAGAAUUUCUUUAGCCAGCUUGUGGUAUAAAACGUUUUUAUCUUAUGUUUUAGUUUUUAUUGUCCAAUUCAUUCAUUUAUCUUUUUUUUAAUUCUUUGAUGUUGCCUACUUUCACAAGGCAUAUUAAAAUUACAAUACAUACUAUUGAAGCUAUUGAAGCUUUUGUUUCUUCAGUUAUCAAUAUCAUUAUUAUUAUUAUUAUUAUUAUUAUUAUUAUUAUUAUUAUCAUUAUUAUUAUCAUUUAUUAUUAUUAUUAUUAUUAUCAUUAUUAUUAUUAUCAUUAUUAUUAUUAAUAUUAUUAUCAUUAUUAUUAUCAUUAUUAUUAUUAUUAUUAUUAUUAUUAUUAUUAUUAUUAUUAUUACUAUUAUUUUUUCCCCCUUGCCAUUUCUCUGCUUGGCUCUUUCUAUUGCUUGAAACCUAUAGAUCAUAUUUCUUCUUAAGAAAAGCAAACAAAAAAAUAAUAUUGCCUAUGAAGCUCAAACAGUAUACCAACAAGUGUUGAACCCUCAAGCUUGCAUGUAGGUAAAGGUCCAGUACUUUGAGGUACGAGGUAUACUAAAAAUGUCCAUUAAAUUAUUUUGACAUGUAUCUGCAAGAUGUGUUUAGCAUGGGCUUGUGAGAUAUUUAUCUUUUGGAGGAAUUUUUAGAUGAUAUUUCCUUAGUGAUAGAACUAUAUUAAAGCUUUCCUUUUACUUAACCUAGUAAUUGGAAGAGUUAUGUGCAUAAUUUUAUAUUUUGAUGAAAAACUAGGGUAGAAAUGCAAAUUCAGUGGAGAUGGUUGAAACUGUCACUGCCAGAAUAAACAACAAUAAAUACAUUCAAAGAAGGAUUUACUUACUUUUUUCUUUUCUUUGAAAGAGAUUAUCUUUUCCUCAACGAUGCUUGUAAUUUAAAAAGACGCCAGAGACUUGGUUAUAGUAUUAAUGCUCAAGGAUACCAUUCUUGUCAUUCAGAUGGCAAUUUUGUCGUUAGUUGCUACUCUUUCAUGUCAACCUUAAAUGGGAAUUGAAUAAUAGUUUUACAGGGUUAUGCUUAUGGAGGAAAAUGAAGGAUUUUUUUUUUUUGUUUUUUCCAUCUUUUUAAUACAUUUUCCUUCUAUUUUCUAAGUCAUAUUUAAGCCAUGACUUCUGCUCUCACCUUGUUUCAAAGAUAUGAAAAUAUAAUAACGACAUCUGACAAUUUCAGCUACAGUCACCAUGGAGAUUGUAAAUGACUACUAAAGUUGCUGCUGCAUCUUCACCUUUGAUUCUUCCUCAAAAUGAUCUCUCUGACCACCUCCUGCCAUUAGUCUUUUGAAUCCUCCUCCUCCUACUUCCUUUCCUUUUCAUUCUGAUUGUCCUUCCCAGCCUCAUCCAUUUUCAUUCUGUCCUAUUUUUGGUAGCUCUAUUUCUACUGUUCCGCUGGCUAAGAGCUUUCAGUGCCAUGAUAGUAAGAAUUUUAACUUACUUGUAUCUAGUGAGAUAACAUCAAGUUAUUUCAAGUGGUAUUUUAAUUUUACAGCACAUAAUGAGCAUAAAGUUUAUAUCAAGAGACUGAAAAAAAAAGUUGUAUUUCCAGUAAAUGCAAAAAGUUGCUCUUCAAAAGAAGGAAAGGCACUCACUGGUGGUAUUGAAUGAAGACCCUGUAUAAAUAAAUUCUAGAAAGCAC